UUGACCAGCAGGGGGACACGCGGGGCAGGAGCCGGUGAUGUCAUUAGCUCAUUAGCAUAUCGGUGGCUAUAUGUACUGCUUGCGGCGGGACGCGCCUUUUACUGCUGCAACGCACUUGACCAGAACCUUUGUCUGCAUCAGACCGCUCCUCGACCUUCCGCCAACAUGAGCGACAAACCCGACAUCUCGGAGGUGACCAACUUCGACAAGAACAAGCUGAAGAAGACCGAGACGCAGGAGAAGAACCCCCUGCCCUCAAAAGAAACCAUCGAACAGGAGAAGGCUGCGGCGGCAGCGACGUCGUGAAGCCCCUUGCCAUGACCUGUGCGACCCCACCCCCCGCCCCCCUCCUCCUGCAUUGCCUUGUUUUCAGUCACUUCUUCUUGCUGUUUAAGUCUGUAACCCAAACGAUGAAACGACAACAAUAAUCAAGCUGCACAGUCUCUCUCUCUCUCUUUCUCGCACGUGCGGGCGAAUGGUGCCUGGUGGUGCCCCCAACCCCCACCCCACCCCCGUCCCAUCAACGCACGCCUCCUUCCUGUUUGGCGGGAUGAAGAAGGCACCGGUUUGAUCCACCAACGUGGUCGUGUUGGCACAGGCGCCUAAACGGGGCGGGGGGUACGUCCCAGGAAGCGCAUCACCCCCUGGCCCACCAUGACCACAACUUCCUGCGUGGCCGCUUUUCCGCCGACGCUAACGAGCUUUAUCUUGUUCUGUUGUCUUUUCGGAAACGUGUCGGCCAAAAAAAUGUGAUUGAACCCCCUCAAAAAUGAUAGUUGUAUGUUUCCUUCUUUGUUUUUGUUUUUUUACCAUGAGUUAAAAUGGAUUCCAACUAGAUCUGGCAACCAUUGGACCUUGUUGACGGUUAAAAUGCACUUUGGCCCCUUUUGUCUUGAGGGUUUUGUGUGGAAAGAAAAGCAGAAACCAAACCAAGUCAAUUGGUUCCGUGUGCGUUCAGGUGGAUUCAUCUUUGGAGUUUGAGUCUCAUUUCUCUGCCGCAAGCCACUGCAAGAAAUGGAAAACCGUGAAAUGUUGUAAUAAAAGAUUUGUUACUAA